AUGUGCGACCGUGAACUCCAAGACAGAAUUGUCAAUUGCAUUGCUGAAGUCGUGCAAAGUUGCAACAGCGCCCUACAUUCCGGAUGGCGUCCAAUAUUUGCUGCCCUACGUUCCAUCAAAGUUCCUUUUCUCGCCGAUGUCGAUAAGCCAGUACAAUGUGCCACACCUUUUCACUCUGCUGAUCAAAAUGGCUCUAAGGUAGAAUCUGAUGCUGACACUUCAACACAAGCCCCGAAGAUUCCUAAACAAAACCAUAUCUCUACGGUUUUGGAAGUCUUUGAAAUUUUCCUCUUCACUGAUGACGUAUUGGUAUUCUGUAACAUCGCUGUGGAUUGCGUUCGGUGCCUUUUGCGAUACCUUUCUGCUGGAGAAUUGGAUUAUAUUUACGUGGAUACCCCUUCUCUUAGAGAACAGCGCCCUAAUACAGUCGAAAAUGCCAUUGGCUCUGGAGAUGAACAAACACAAACUGUGAAGAGAAUAGACAGCGCAGAUGAAGUCUCAUCUGCUUUAUGUAAAGCAACCCUUCCGUUAUUGAGACGAUGCUGUGAAAUUCUUGGAUAUCUUUGGGGUUCUGCCUCGAAUGUCUUAUCAUCCCAGACGUCAUCUUCUACUGCUGAUUUUGUUCUAAGAUCAGCUAAGCGUCAGGCUUAUAUAAUCGCCGGUGGACCACCUCAGCUGAACCUUCAACCUUCUGUUCGGAGCUUCUCAUCGCUGAUUCUUCAUGAAAGGGUCAAGAAUCUCACACCUUGGUUCACAUCAACCCGAUUCUUUGAACCCACCCUCCAUACAAAGGUUCCAGUGGAUCCUGACUUAUGUACUCUUCGAAGUCUUGAUGAUAUUGAUCAGCCCUCUUGUGUCCUUCAUCUGUGGUUCUUAACUCUCGAAGGCAUUGUCAUGGCGAUAUGGAACUGCAAUCCUAUGGUUCAUCGAAUUGUAUUUGAUGAAUUCACCAGUCUUUUGAAUGAAUGUACAGAGAAGAUUUGUGGGGAAAAGGAAGUCCCUAUUUCUAAAAUUACUGAUGGAAUCGAAAGGGAGGAGCUCAAAUCUAGGCGUAUCGCGAUAGGUCCCUCAUUUGCUAUCUUCGUCAUCAAUCACGUGUUGAUGCCUCGGCUCCAAAUUGCCAUCUCCAGUAAUGCUUUAACCAGUUCGGCAAACGAAGACUCGAAACUGGACUCAUCGGAAUUUCAGAGCUAUUCUUCUCCGUUCACCUUGUUUGAGCAAAGGCCAGAUGAAUCAAUGCUUGCCAAUGAUAUCGACAAAGAUAGCGUUGUUUCAUCAAAACUCGCUUUUGUGAUCAGUCAAACCACUCAAUUGAUAAGCAGUCUAAUUAUCCGAUAUCAACAAAAAAGUAUCAACUUAUCUGGCGAAAUUGUGGGAAUUAAUUUAAUGCUACAUCAGUUCUUGAAUGGUCUCGUGGACUCUAUCAGCAUGCGCAAUGAACGAAUUUCUCGUUUAGCCACUUCGUGUCUUAGACAUUUGCUGAUAUCAACAGCUCCAUACUUGACAACACAUCAAUGGGAGAUUGUAAUUGGACAUUUAGAAGAAGCUUUUCGAGCCUGCUUAUUCCCAAUCCAUACACUCACCACUGUUUAUAUGGAUAGAGCAAUACGCUCACUGCCACAAGAUGCUGGUCUCCAAUUGGCUAAUCUUCGACCAAUUAGUGCAUCGAAUAAACUACGCCAACUCGCGCUACGACUCUUCCAAUUGCCUGGCCAGUUGGAUGAAAAUGUCGAGAAGGCGCGUGAUAGUAGUAAUGAGGACGAAGCGGAAAAAAUUGAGCAAUUUUGCUAUAAUUUUGAAUUUGUAAUUUUCCCACUUUGUUCUCAUGAGAGGGAAAGACCACCUUUGGACACCAUACCCUUAUCAUCACUCAUCUCAAGUCUCGUCAAUAUUAGUUUGCUAAUGCACAUAAUUGGCGAAGUUCUGCUCAACAAUGGGGUCGGUGAAAUUGAAAACUCUGUUCCCAAGUCUGUUCAGAAAUUGCUGAUCUUCGAUUCAUCUCUUAAUUUAAAUGUUUUUGAUCGAGACACAGGGAAAAUCAAAUCUCCAAUAAUAAGUCUUAAUAUUUUGGAAUUCUUUACCCGUUUGCCUCUCACAAUCGGUCUACAGCUUUUGAACUGCCUCGCUGAUAGCUAUACUGCCUUCUUUGAAUUCGAUCAAUGUGAUGGCGUGAAAAAGCUCAUUCAGAGGCUACUAAAGCUACCUUCCCCCGCAAACCUAUAUCAAUACUCACAUUUGACUAUAAUGGCUCUUCAGAUUACCCUUCAACAGAUUAUUCAAAACGGUCUAUCUACCGAGUUUUGUAGUCAACUUUCGAACGAAAUCAAGACCUCCUUUGGGGAUUUUGAUGAAAAUGUGCACAAGUUGCGAGUGGACAACUUCCGACGCCUCCCCAUGCAAAUUCCAAUUAGUACCACAAGGGGGGAAUUCGUUUCUCCCUUGCCUUGGUUAAAGAAAUUUAUGCCGGACCAAAGAGGAGGUCGACACAAAUUCGAAGAGUAUGCACGUCUUCUUGCAGGCUUAUCAACUCACUUAACUCAGCUUUACUUGCAUUUACUCGAUGUGAAGAGUGAGACACGGUCAAUUGAGGGUUCACCGAGAAAAAGAGCUGGUUCAACAACUACUGGGAUAGUCUAUACUACUGGAGGCGUGAUGACGGAGUCCGAACCGAGACGUAGAAUGAAAUCGGGGGUUAAGACUCUUCUAAUGAGUCCACGUCGAUUCACAGUAGAUGUGUCUACAACAACAGCGUUGUCGAAUAUGGAUAUGGAGAUUACAUGGGAUUGUCUAACAGAAGACAAGUGUGCUCGAAUAGCAUCACUUGCCGAGUCGCUUGCUGUACUUCCGGAAGGGUUCAUGGCAAUCGCGGUUGCCCUGGAAACAGCGCCCACAAAUUCACCGCCACCGUCGCCGUCCAUCUCCGCAUUUUCGGCACUGGAAGGCGUGUUUGCUUGCAGUGUUGCUCGUCUGAUUGCCGUUGCCGAGCAUGCGUCUUUACGCAGGGCACUGGCCUCGUGGUUUUUGAGACUUGUUCAAGAUCAAAAGCUGACAAGUCUGUCGUGA